CUUUCACCGUCGUCAUUGUCGCCGCCUUCGCCGCCGUCGUUCGUCGUUCAGUCAGUCCUGUAUCGCGGUUGUCGAAAGCAAUACGCACAAUACACAUUGUACGCAAUCGUGUUUUACUCGUCGGUACACAACGCACCGACGAACGUUUUUGUAUACACUCCACUCGCGGAGAAUUACGGAUUACGACGAAACCGCACGUUCGCCAUUUGCGAACAGUCAGUAGCAAGCAGCAGCGGUCGGUGACAAAUACACACGCCGUACGCAGAAUACACCAAUACGACCAGCUCAACAGCCGUCUCCUUAAAAAUAAAAACAGCGCUCAAUUACGAGUGCGUUCUCGUAACAUCCGGUGAACCUGAUCAUCGCGGAUACCAGCAGCAAUCAUGGACAAACAACAGGAAGCCGUAGCUGCAGCAGCAGGUGCAGUAUCGGACGACAGCAUUAGCAUGAAGACAGAAUAUCCUACGCAUGAGGUCUACGUCUCCGAACCGCCACCGGCGUACAAAUUGAAAACUCGACCGACCGCCGUUCAAAUAGCAAGAAUAGCGGCAUUUACUGUGAUCGCGUGCUCAUUCAUACUGGGAUCUUUUAUGUUGGCUGCUGCUUGGUUACAAGCAAACGCGUCCUGCUCACAAUUGAUGCAUGCAGAAGCACUUCUUAGACAGAGUGAAGAAGCUGCGGACCGCCCUCAAUAUCAAGCACUGGUUGAUCCUUUACAAUCUGACGAGACCACAGAUUCGAAACAAGAGGAACUGCCAGUUCAUCAGCAAUCUACCAGAAACACCGAGAGUCAGACCACUGGAAUUGAUCAAUCAGCCACUCCAGUUCAAAUUAAGUUGCCAUUGGAAUUAGAUUUUGACGAAAUCGUUGGAGCUCUACUUGAGAAAAAUCAACGUUCACGUAUGAAUUGCGUAAUUGAAAAGAAACGCGCUGAAGAGGUUAUGGACCAUCAACCAAAAAUGCUGCGUCUGCCAUUUGGCGUGAACAUUACCACGGACCCUAGGUUUGAACAUGUUACCGGCGAACGGUUAAGCAUCGUUUGCGAGAGUGGACAUGAUGAAAGACGAGCUCCAAGUCCAGCAGAACAAAUGCAACAACAACCAUCAAUGAUGAUGCCAAUCCCUAUGGGAGCUAAUCCAAUGACCCACUUACCAAGCAUGAUGGGUCCACCACCUCCACCACCCCACCAUAUGCCACACCCUCACCAUCAUCAAGGUCCAAUUCCUUUAGCUAUGAUUGCUAGAAUUAAUGCUGACAUUGACAACCAGCUUCAGUUACAAGAACAACAACAGAUCGAAGAACACAUAAUACCUAUAUUCCAACAACUUUUGCCUGAACUCAGACCAACACCAGAUAAUCAGGAUCAUCAACAGCACCAAAAGCAAGAAGCUGAAGAUAGAGCAUUACCCAAUAAAGUUUUGUAUCAUCCAGCAAUGGCUGAAGGGAGAUCCAUGUACACAGUAGCUAUAUCUGACAAACAAAACGGAGAAGGACCAAUGAUGCACCAGGCUAUGCCAUCCGAAGGAGUUCGUCAAAAUGCACAGAUAUUCCAAAGGGUUCCUAUUCAUGUACCUGUAUCUAUGUUGAUGGCACCAGGUUCUGAACCUUCGGUUCCACAAGAUAAUCCAGUCGAAGAGCCUAAACAAGAUCAUCGUCCACACUUUGUUCAUCCACGUUCAGUUGAAUCUGUUCAAGAAAUCAACCAAAAUGAAGAGAUGGACGCAAAAAAAUAAAUAAAGUUGAAAAGCAUAUAUUAUAUAUAUAAACUAAUUUUUUUAUAAUGAAAAAUGAGUAGAUCUUUUGUUAAUGUUGGUACAUUUUUAAAAUAAGCCCAAAUUGACAUUAGAAUUACAAAAAUCAAAUAAUAAUUAAACUUUAUGUCGAUAUUUGAUAUCAAGAAAACAGUGUAUUUGGUAUACAUAAAAUAUAUAUUAGAUUUUUGUUUA